UGUUUAUGCAAAUCCGCUUUAUGACGCAUGACGCUCAAUGGGCCGCGCGCUCAGCGUGUUAAUGCAACGUGAUGUUUGUUACAGUCAAGAUGCAGCACACUUCGUGCACAGAGGACCGGAUCCAGCACGCUUUGGAGAGAUGCCUGGAUGGACUCCGGCCAUCAGAAUGUCUGACACAAUCCUGGAGUGCUGGCUGGUGUAUGAACCGCUGGAGUCUAGAAGAGCUGGUUAAGAGGGACCCAGAAAAUUUUCUCAUUCUGCUGCAGCAAAUUCUCAGAAAAGCCAGAGAGGUUCAGCAGGAGUGUCAUUAUGAGCUUGUGGCCCCCUUGGCUCUCAUGUUUGAGUCCACACUCCUGCAGAUGCCUCUUUGUCCAUCUGAUGGAGAGAUACUGACAGAAGCUUGUGAAGUGUUUCAUGGCUACCUAGCAUGGCCUGAACCCUACUGUAGUGUGUGUCGUAACCUGCUCUCCACUUUACAUCAAGAGCUUAGAGCUCCAGGGAUUUCAUACUACAGGCUGGUAAGAGAGGAACAAGGCCUUGCCACCUCCAGUCAGCGUUCUAAGAUCAUUACGGUGUUGUUGAUGAACCCGGCUGAGGUGCCUGCUGAGUUCCUGUCUUUGGCAGAGCAGCUCAGUGGAGCAGAGGUCUCGCAGAGAGAGAGCAGCAUUACACUCAUUAAACACAGCUACCAGGCAGUGCUUGGAACUAAAUACCCACUACAGACCAUCAGCGGUGCUCUACAGUGCCUGAGUGAUGAUGAGUUGGCACAGAUCCUGUCCUCAGUGAGUGACCUUCUAGAGUCUGCAGCAGCCAUGACGGAUAUAGCUAAAGCUCGAGAACAUGUGAGGGGUGGUCUGGAGGCACUGCGAGAAAAACUUGCCAUACCAGCCUCCAAUGGCAAGACUUCAAAUGGGGUUCUUCAGACGCUUGGCCUUCCAGCAGCCAAGUGCUACACCUUCCAUUGGGACAAGGAUAAUUUUGAUGUUCUAAACGACCUUCUAGACAUGGAGUCUGAAUUUACCUUAUCUCAAACAUCUGAGGGCAUGGAGGAGGAGGAUGUUGACAAUGUGGAUGUGGAAGAUGAUGAAUAUGAGGACUUGGAGGAAGGUUUUGUAUCAAACGGUUGCACUGACUAUAGGGCCUCAACCUUCUCUACUGUCUCCUCCCUUUCCACGGCCUCCAAAGACUCCAUGUUCUCAACUCUCUCAGUCGCUUCCUCUGAAUGCUCUCCACUCUCCACACUCUCAUCCUCAUCUCAAGCUUCAGGCACUGACAGUGACUUCUGUGAGGAUGCAGAAGAGGACUGUCUGAGCAUAGCAUCUGUGCCUAAGUCCAAAACUGGCGCACGACUUUCCAAGCGCCUCUCACGACUCUUCAAACCUCGCAGCCACUCUCUGUGUCGAGCUAAAAGCCUGGGUAGCCCUGAAGCUAAAGAAUUAGUGAUAGCUGUCCGCUCUAAGAGAUCCAAUUCUCUGCCACAGCAUGUGCAACUGCGGAGCUCUGAGUUAGGGUUCCCAGCUCCCCCCCUCUCACAGCUGCAAUAUGUUUGCUAUAGGAGAAGACCCAUUCUGAGUACUGACGAUAUGGAAGGGCCACCAGGGGCCACAAUGCUCAGAGUGGUGGUGUUUGGGGCAGAUCAUGUGGCAGGGAGACUCGCCCGUGCUUAUGGCAGCCUGAGAAAAAGAGAAAGAGACUGUCCACACCUGACCAAAGCUUUCAGGAUGAAGUUUUUCUUUGUGCCUGUGAGGAGAGAUAAAACUCCAGCCAACUUCUCCAUGAGGAACUCUGGUUCUUCUCUGCAGCUGUCAGUGAGUCCACUGAAACCAGCCGUCUCUAGCACUGAUCUCAGUAUGAAUGGGACGGAGGACAGCACUAAUGACAUAGCCAAUCUUCUGGGAAUGCUGGAUCCCUGGUAUGAGCGGAACACUCGGAGCCUGCUGGAGCUUCCCGUUAAUGUGUUGUGCCAGCAAACAUCCAAGAUUGAGUCAGACCUGUCUGAGGGUGCUGGUGAGGAGCGUUUACCGAUAUUUGCUGACCUGGUGCUCUAUUACUGCCGUCAUGCCGCCCGCCCUGCCCUCAUUCAGCUCUAUCAAGCAGAGUUGACACUAGCUGGAGGAGAGAGACGGACUGAAGUGUUUGUUCACUCUCUGGAGCUCGGACACACAGCUGGUACAAGAGCCAUCAAGGCCAUGGGUGCUGCAAGUAAGAGAUUUGGCAUUGAUGGAGACCGUGAGGCUGUUCCUUUAUCACUUGAAGUUACUUACAAUCGAAUACAUAUCAGUGGCAGAAGUCAGAAGACAAGGGCAGAGAAGUCUUGCACCUCUAUAAACCUGCUAAAAGCCUGCAGAAAUCUUGAGGAACUAGAUUCGAAAAUGGAGUGCCUUCAUUUGACAAUGACAGAAGUGCUAAAGAGACAAAACUCUAAAUCAAAGAAAGGCUACAAUCAGCAACUGACCACCACACAGGUAAAGGUGGAUAAGGUUCAGGUUAGUGGAACUUGCAACACCACCUUCGCAGUUUGUCUGGACCAAGAUGAGAAGAAAAUUUUACAGAGUGUGGCCAGAUGUGAGGUAUCAGUUUGUUAUAAAUCAGAUAGUUCGACUGAUUGGACGAAAGGAAGGGUGUUCUCAUCUCAGAUGCAGCCUCUGCAGCCAACCUUCUGCUCUCUGCUUUGUCUGCCUGUUGCCACUUUCAGUGGACCUCAGCCUUGAACCCAGAGACUAGGUUUAACCCUAAGACUCCAGCCUAAUAGAUGUCCAUUUACAUAGUUAUCUUCUUCCACUUUUAAACUACAACUCUGCAUAUCGACUCUCAAUAAAGCUAAGAUACACUUUCAGGCAAAAGUGCUCUUUUAUUACGUUUGUGAGCAUCAUAUGUAUGUAGAGCGAGGGUUGUUCGCUUCAUAUUUCUGAGAUAAGGAUAACUGGUUGUUAAGCCUGAGGUACAUCCUACUGAAUAUAAAUCAGUGGACAAGCUGAGACAAAUUUUAUGGACUUAUGACUAAUCAUCAUAAUCAUUUAUGGACAUCUGAAUCAGGUUAUGAAUCAAAACCUGAGUCAUCUAUAAUGGUUUGGUACUUUGAAAGGGAUGUUAUUACUGGAUUGAAUUGGAACUGGGCCUGUCCUGGUUCUUAUAAAACCAGCGUGGAUGAAUACUCUUGUUAAUGCACAUAUUAACCACCAUUUAAAUACGCACUGUGGACACUGUAAUAAUAUGUUUGUAUAUAUGACAUAAUUAUUUUAUGUAGCUAUAAUGGAAAUUCUCAGGAAAUAUAUCUAUAUUCCUUUACAGUCUUUCAUUUUUAAUUAUUUAAACUCAUUUCUGUCUGGCCAGAGAAUUGAGACAGUGGUGCCUCAGAUUUUAGUCCUUAAAAUCUAAUGUAUUACGUGAUUAUUUUUGUAUAUGUUUGUAUAUCUUAUCUGCAGGAUUAUUUUUGCUGUGUUGUGACUUUAAAACUAUCUGAAACCUGUCUGCUUUGAAUACCUCUUAUUGUAGUAUGGUGUGUUUGCCAGCAGAGGUCCUUAUAAACCAUUUGUUGAGUUUAUCUUGUGGUCGCUGGAGGCUGAACAGUGGUGAAUAAACACCUACAUCACUGGCGGCGAAAAACCAAAACGAUUCAGUCAGUGCGCUGUAAACCUGGCACAGUUUGUAAGUUAAACAAACUGAAUUAAUUCUUUCUUUCUUUCGUUCUCUCUCUCUC